UAAAGUUCUUUUUAUCUUUUUCUUCCCACUCAUCCGACCAAAACAUAGACCUUCCCCUUCUUCAUCUCGGCCCACUUCACAGUUCAUCAGCGCCCCCUCCAAUCUAAGGAUCGAAACCAGCUGAAGAAUUGCUAUGGAGAUGGAUAUGGACAUUCCCGAUCCUUCCGAGCUCGAAUGGCUCGAAUCGAACUCGUACCACGUCCACGACGAUCUCAAUCUGGAAGACGAUUUCCAGCAACCACCGUCCCCGCCGUCGGAGCCCGACGAAGAAAUCGCAUGCGUAAACCCCGUUAAAGACGCCGACGUUCCCGAACCGAGAAACCCCCCACUUCAAUUGCCCCCAAAGCCCACCCUCGAAAUCCCCCCCAAACCCCUAGUCCCCAACCAGACCAAGAAACGGUUCCGACCCGACCUGGGCCCUAUUGUUUCAGAAAAUGGGGCUUCCGUUCAGGAGAAACGAAUCAGGGUUGAAAGAGUGGAAAAUGAAUGCGACGAGGAUUGGCUCCGCUUCUCGCCCCCGCCUGUGCCGCCUGCUCCUGAGGAGGUGGAGAAAGAGGAGGAGAAGGAAAAGACUUUGUCGAGGUAUGCCAUGGAAAUUAAUGGUGAUUGUGUACCGGUCACAGGGCUGGAUGGAGAGAGGGUUUAUGCUAAGAUAUGCAGAUAUAAUAUGAGAGAGAGGACCCGGAAGUUGGACACAAAGGGUGAAUCUACUGGUCUUAUUCGAGAGUCUAUCAGGGUGCUUAUGCAGAAAGUAGAACAUGAUGAAUUUACAAAGGUUAUGUUUUCAAAUCCAAUCUGCUACCUCUGAUAUUGUAAGAUCUUAGCCUAACAGUCACGUGCUCAACUGUGAAUCUAAAUGGUGAUUUGAGAUAUACUCAGAGCUCAAAAUAAUUCCGCU